CUUGCUUAGGCAUAGAGGCCCGCACGUAGCAACCAAAACGGCGGAGUCCCGGAGAGGCGCUGGAGAAAGUGCGGUCUGGCUCCUUAAAGCCCGAGUUCUCCCUUUCGAGAGAGCCGCAACCCCUGCUGUGAUCAAGCAAUAAAAAUCCCGCAAAGAGGAAGCCACUUUCCGCGUAAUCGCAGCGGCGGCAGCACCCGCACCCUCGCCGGCCGCAGCAUCAGCACCGCAGAGCCGAGCCCGGAGCCCGCCGCCCCGCAGGAUGGCUGUAGCUCCUCCAAGUUACUGUUUUGUGGCCUUCCCACCACGUGCAAAGGAUGGUCUGGUGGUAUUUGGGAAAAAUUCAGCUCGGCCCAGGGAUGAAGUGCAGGAGGUUGUGUAUUUCUCAGCUGCUGAUCAUGAACCCGAGAGCAAGGUUGAGUGCACUUACAUUUCAAUUGACCAAGUUCCCAGGACCCAUGCCAUCAUAAUAAGCAGACCUGCCUGGCUUUGGGGGGCAGAAAUGGGAGCCAAUGAACAUGGAGUUUGCAUAGCCAAUGAAGCCAUCAACACCAAAGAACCGGCUGCUGAGACGGAAGCUUUACUGGGAAUGGAUCUGGUCAGGCUUGGUUUAGAGAGAGGGGCGACAGCUAAAGAAGCCUUAGAUGUCAUCGUCGCUCUGUUGGAAGAACAUGGACAAGGCGGGAAUUACUAUGAAGAUGCAAACUCCUGCCACAGCUUCCAAAGUGCAUAUCUGAUCGUGGACAGUGAGGAGGCCUGGGUGCUGGAGACCGUGGGGAAGUACUGGGCUGCGGAGAAAAUCACAGAGGGAGUCAAGUGCAUUUGCAAUCAGCUCUCGCUCACGACUAAGAUCGAUGCAGAGCAUCCUGAACUCAGGAAUUAUGCUCAGAGUCAAGGUUGGUGGACGGGAGAGGACGAGUUCAAUUUUUCUGAAGUUUUUUCUCCAGCCGAUGACCAUCUAGCCUGCUGUUCAGGCAAAGACAGCUUAGAAAAGCAAGAAGAAAGCAUCACUGUGCAGACUAUGAUUGACAUCUUACGGGACAAAGCCAGUGGGGUCUGCGUAGACUCCGAGUCUUUCCUUACUACAGCCAGUGUGGUGUCUGUCCUGCCUCAGAACAGAAGCUUGCCAUGCAUUCACUACUUCACUGGGACCCCAGAUCCUUCCAGGUCCAUAUUCAAGCCUUUUAUCUUUGUCGACGAUGUAAAACUCGUCCCCAAAACACAGUCUCCCUGUUUCGGGGACGAUGACCCAGCCAAAAAGGAGCCUCGGUUCCAGGAGAAGCCAGACCGCCGGCAUGAGCUGUACAAGGCCCACGAGUGGGCCCGGGAGGUCAUGGAGGCUGACGAGGAGCAAGGUCAGAAGCUGAAGAAGACGAUGCUGGAACUAGAGAAGCAAGGCCUGGAAGCCAUGGAGGAAAUCCUGACCAGCAGUGACCCCUUGGACCCCACCGAAGUGGGGGAUCUCUUCUAUGACUGUGUUGACACGGAGAUUAAGUUCUUUAAGUGAAGUAAGCAUUCCCUUUCCCCUUCUUAUUUAAAAUUUCCCACCUUACUAAAUUACCAGCAAAACAAACCACUCUCCUGUCCGAGUAAAAUGAGAAAGUUCAGAUGUGUUAAAGUCACACUGUUCCCUUGUGUUCUGCCUUGGAUCUCACAACACCCCCUUCUUCUGCACCGUAGGCCCCCUCCUUCUGCAGUGUAACAUGUAUCCCAUUUGCCUGUGGUGCGAUUGUAUGACCAAUUGUGGAUUUUAAGCUGCUAUUAUUGUAUUUCAGUGACAAUGGACACAUUAGCCUUUUCAUGGGAGGACUAGAGUCCCUCAAGCCCUGAAAGACAGGCUCCACCGUGCCGAGUUUGCGGGAGAGGCAAAAUCUUUUGAAGUCUUUACUCCUUGUCUCAGUAGCGGUUUCUUUCAGGUUAACAAAAGGCAUUUCUUUGGCCCAGGGCUCUUGUGUGUGUGCUUGAGGGAGGCUUCCCGGCUUCCCUUCCCUUCCGCUGAGUGCAGGCCUGUAAUGUAGAAUGUCUCCAGCUGUGUCUUCUGAGAGACAGAACCAGCGCGAAGGAAUAACGGGAGCUCCGCUGCAGGCCCAGCUCCAUCCCGAGUCCCGUGAUCCCAAAGAACGCAUGCACCUUGCUCGUGUACAGUCCACCUGCAGGUGGACACGUGCCGCGCGAGCUGGAACCUGCCCAGUGUAGCGAUUCAGAGGCAGCCAUGGCGGUGACGUCCCUGGAUCAUGGCGGGGCUCUCCCACGAGGCACGGGGCUCUCCCUGCACAGCCCCUCACCCACUGCAUGGAUGCACCUGUGUCUAGAAAUGCUUCUGGGUCUGGUUAGCGCCAUCUAGUUUAGGAUUAAUUAAAUAGCCCUCUGGCAGAAGUUCCACCUCACAAAGCUGCAAAUUUCUCAGCUAAUGAGGGGAAGAGAAGGAGCAACUCUUGGCUGUUUGGAUUCCAGUUAAAGUAGCUGGAAUUUGAGCAGACACCCAAUGAUCUCAGCGGAGACUUUAAUUAAACUGAUUUGUUUCCCGUGUCUUGGGCACAGGAAGGAUUUGACUUACCCGCAGAGCCCAAGAAAGCGUGCGAGGAAGACCAGAUGGGCCCAGCACGGGGAAGACAGAGGGCAGGAAGGGGCCAGAUGGAUGGAGAAGCAUUCCACUCCAGGGUGACAGUCCCACCCCCGCCCUUCCUGCCCAGCCUGUUCUAUCCCACAAAGCUGUGGAGGAAGCCCCUGGCUCUCCCUAGUCCUUCCCUUUAUUUCUCACACCCUGCAUGGCCCAGUAGCUGCCUUGAGACUGGUAGCUGAAGUGGGCAGGUGGGGGCAGGGAGAGCUUACCUCCAGCUACUGAAACUCUCAACCACUCUUUGCAUGGAGAGGGGCAGAGAUGCUGGGAAGUGUGUGUUAAUUUAGCAGCUGGAGGGAGGACAGCAGCUGCAUUACUCCAGCCUCACUGUACCACCUGGGCCUAAUCACCUUCACCACUGAUAGGCAUUUGCAAAUGGAAAUACUGUGAGUGUCGGGAGUCUUGGAAGUGACUUUGAGUUAGUGACUCCUCAGCUGCAGUGUAUCAUAUGCCGUGAGAGCUGGAAGGGACUAGGGCCCCCUACGCAGACGUGGACACUGAGGGUCACAGGUUUUACUGGAACACAUCUUUUUUCCUACCAACUCCCCUGUAAGGGUGUAGGCAUAAGAGCACCAUGAGGCUUUUGCCCAGCGGUUUUGAAACUUCUGUAUGUAAAUCACUGGCUACAGGUGGUGAGAGAUGGGAGGAGUACUGGAGCUGACAAACUUAACAGCAGCUGUUCACGGGGGCUUGUGAUUCCCAAGUUUUGUCUGGGUUUGGCCUGGGCUCUCACUGUGGAUGAACUUAGGGUGUCCUCUUAGGUGGUGAGGCCAUUCUGAGAGCGUCUGUCCACAGCUGCUGAGCAGGGAAGGGUGAGGCUUGACGAUGACAUAUGUACCUCACCCCCUCCCAAGCCCACCUGCUGAGGGGUUAUUUAAAAUAAGAUGGUGCAGAAAGCGACUCUAAAAUUUCACCACGUGGUCUCCCCUCCCCCUAUCAUGGAAACACUUCAUCAGACCUGGCAUGUCUGAGAUACCCAAGGUGAUUAGGGGUUUGAUGGAAAGAAGUCUAGUGAGAAUAAAUUACAGAGGCCUGUUUUCAUUAUUAUGGGCCAAGCAAAGGUCACAGAUAACCCAGCCAGCCUUAUGCCAUUACCCAGCCAUUGUGCAGUGGGAAACAUAAUGGCUACUUCUGUUAGGGACAUUGACCUUAGUUAGUCCAGCAACCCAGAGAAGGGACAACUCUGAGAGUUGUCUUGGCUGAUGCUAUACAUCACAAUUGUGAUGCCACUGUCUUACCACUAGAGGGCGUGGCAGCACUUCUGUGGCAGAAGGUAAACAGGGCUAGGAUGCUUCCAUCAGGCCUGUACAGAGGUGAUCUACGUACACUUAAAACUUGAAUCAUAGCGGCGGACAGAUUCUUUGUACAUUGGGGUAUGAGGGGAAAGACAGGAAGAGAGCAAAGAAUCUGCUGAUGUGGCUUGUACUCACUUCUAGUGACAUAUUAACAGCUUGAAACAUGUAGUUGGAUUUUGGGUAUGCUGUUGCUGGGGGGAUGUUUGUUUUUAAAUGCUCCUAACAGACUCUGCUUUUGAAAAAUGCUUAGCAUUACAUGGAUAAUUUCUUGACCAGGGAUUGCUGUUCUAAAGGCAAAAUGGGGAAAAUGAAUAUUCAAGAUGAACUGUGAAAAUAAUGGUUUAAGGUCAGAGUGUAAAUAGCUUCCUAAAGUACCAUUUGUGUACCCAUUAAGACUUGGGGGAGGGGGAGGGGGCUGUUCAUGGCUUGUGCAGAGAGAAGACAUGGCCAUGAAGGACAGAAUCGCUCCCCUAUCCCCAUGCCCCAUAACCAAACAUAAGCUAGUUAGUCUUGGCUAGUAGAUGGGAUUUACCACUCAUACUCUGAGGGGCAGAGGCUCCAGUAAAAGUAAAUUAGCAAAGCAGAAGUAGUACUCUUUCAUCCUUGGAGGUGGUUUGGAAUUUUAGGUAGAAGGAUAUACUUGAAAUUGUGGUGAUUCUUUAGUGCCCAAUAACAUAAGACAGUGUUAUUAUUAGAAAGAGUCUUUCUUAUAAGCUGUCUAACAGAGCCUAGGUGUAUGCCUAUUAGAUAUUAAUGGUGAAGUUCCUUCACUAUUGGGUGGAUUAUUAGGUAUAAAAAUAAUUACCAACUAGGCAAACUACUUUGCUCCCUGAUGUCAUCCCACAUGGGUGCAGGUGUUACACAGCUCUGCCCAGCCUAGCAGGAAAGCCAGGUGGGACCAGUGUGUCUGUUAUGAAACCACUCACUGCAUUCUUGACUGAGGAGCAGUCAGGUUAUCUCUGGAGAAGGUCUUCAGCUGAGCUCAGCUUUCCGGAGGAAGGGAGGGGAACCCACCGAGCUGACUUUCUCGUGUGGAGGGGGCGGGGCGGAAGGUCACAUGCAUCCGCUGUCCCAGCACUGCCUGUGCUUCCCUGUAGCCUGGGCAUUUCAUUCCACACGGUCCUAAGUCCCAGCUCCCCUCCUGUGGUUUGUGUCAAAUGUGCUUUAUCUAACUGAAUCCAAACAUCCCAAGAUGUCACAUGCCGAUUUCUUGUGGGGAUGAACAUGUACAUGUUUGCAGUCAUGUUAUGAGAAGUUCAAUGUGUGAGCUGGAAAAUGCUGUGGGCAGGGAAUCAUAAAAAGGAAAGCCUGUUUCCUGCAGUGGGAACUGACCAUGUAGUCUUAACAGCCUUUUGUACGAAUAUCUACAAACCUGAUAACUUCCCCAUCCAGUGCUUGCCCUUGGAAUUGUCUCUAAAUACAUGAAGCAUACAAUAAAAAAAGUA